AUGGAGCCUCGAGCACGAGCUGGCAAGAAUGUCGGGAAGGCGAACUUCAGCCAUCAAGAACUGACCCAGUUCCUGAUCGCUCACGGCGACUCGCGACAGCCCCUGCCCGAGACGAUCCGCAUCCUCGACGAGAUCCUGACCGAGUUCAUCCAGGGCGUAUCCUUCGAGGCGACGCGCGUGGCGCAGCUCGCGGGGCGCCAGAAGGUGAAAUACGAGGACUUCCAGUUCGCCAUGCGCAAGAACCCGGUGUUCCUCGGCAAGGCCGCCGAGAACAAGGAGCUGCGCGAGAUUAUCGACAAGCAGCGCAAGGUCUUCAACGAGGACGAGAUGAUUAAGGAGGACCUCGGCGCCGACGGCGCGGGAGGCGGCCCUGCCGCCGCCGCAGGUGGAAGCAGCGGGCCCGGUAGGGGCCGGAAGAAAGCCGCGCCUGGUGGUGGCGGCGGCGUCGGGGAGAGCAGCCAGGCGAAUGGCGCGGGCGAGCGGCCGGCCGGCCGCCAGAACGGUGUCGACGACGAGGAGCUGGGCGAGAUGGACGACGUGGACGACGCGGAGCUCGUCGGCGCCGGCGGCCGUAGUAGGGCUUAG